GCGGCGCCGCCAUCACUCUCUCCUCGGCUACACCGUCUUCUCCUCCUCCACGGAGCCCCGAUCCCCACCUCCACUACUCUCCGCCCCGCCCUGUCCUGGAAGCAUUUCAUUGGACGGAGGCACGGUCGAUCCGCCUCGGAUCAGGGAGCUGAUUGGACUUGAGGCGUCGGUCCGCCUCCAUCCUGUUCGGAUUGGCUCGCUGCGCGUUGGCGCAACGGAAGAGGCAGCUGGGCGAGGGUGCGCCUCUGCUCCGGCUGGACUGCCGCGGAGGAGGCGAGGAGGCGUCCGGCGCUGGGGGCCUGGGUCGGGCGGCAGCGGUGGCUGCUGCGGAUGGGAGCGGGCCGUUUCGGUGCGCCCAUGGAGCGCCACGGCAGGGCCUCCGCCACCUCCGCCUCGUCAGCCGGGGACCCGGCACCCGGGGGCCCCGAAGGGCGGCGGCGGGAGCCAAUGCGGCGCCGGGCGAGCAGCGCGUCGGCGCCCGCUGUUGAGGCCUCGGCGGAAGGCGUGAGGCGGGACCGGCCUGGCUCCUACAGCGGCCCCACUUCGGUCUCCCGCCAGCGCGUCGAAAGCCUCAGGAAAAAGCGGCCGCUUUUUCCAUGGUUUGGCUUGGAUAUUGGUGGAACCCUGGUCAAGCUGGUUUAUUUUGAACCCAAAGACAUCACUGCUGAAGAAGAAGAGGAGGAAGUAGAAAGUCUUAAAAGUAUUCGGAAGUACCUGACCUCUAAUGUGGCUUAUGGGUCCACGGGCAUUCGGGACGUGCACCUCGAGCUGAAGGACCUGACUCUGUGUGGACGCAAAGGCAAUCUGCACUUUAUACGCUUUCCCACUCAUGACAUGCCUGCUUUUAUUCAAAUGGGCAGAGAUAAAAACUUCUCAAGUCUCCACACUGUCUUUUGUGCCACUGGAGGUGGAGCGUACAAAUUUGAGCAGGAUUUUCUCACAAUAGGUGAUCUUCAGCUUUGCAAACUGGAUGAACUAGAUUGUUUAAUAAAAGGAAUUUUAUACAUUGACUCAGUUGGAUUCAAUGGACGGUCACAAUGCUAUUAUUUUGAAAACCCUGCUGAUUCUGAAAAAUGUCAGAAGUUACCGUUUGAUUUGAAAAAUCCAUACCCUCUGCUUCUGGUGAACAUUGGCUCAGGGGUUAGCAUCUUAGCAGUAUAUUCCAAAGAUAAUUACAAGCGGGUCACAGGUACCAGUCUUGGAGGAGGAACUUUUUUUGGUCUCUGCUGUCUUCUUACUGGCUGUACCACUUUUGAAGAAGCUCUUGAAAUGGCAUCUCGUGGAGAUAGUACCAAAGUGGAUAAACUAGUGCGAGACAUUUACGGAGGGGACUAUGAGAGGUUUGGACUGCCAGGCUGGGCUGUGGCUUCAAGCUUUGGAAACAUGAUGAGCAAGGAGAAGCGAGAGGCUGUCAGUAAAGAGGACCUCGCCAGAGCAACUUUGAUCACCAUCACCAAUAACAUUGGCUCAAUAGCAAGAAUGUGUGCCCUUAAUGAAAACAUUAACCAGGUGGUAUUUGUUGGAAAUUUCUUGAGAAUUAAUACGAUCGCCAUGCGGCUUUUGGCAUAUGCUUUGGAUUAUUGGUCCAAGGGGCAGUUGAAAGCACUUUUUUCGGAACAUGAGGGUUAUUUUGGAGCCGUUGGAGCACUCCUUGAGCUGUUGAAGAUCCCCUGAUUGUUACCUGGGGAGGGGUUCCUGGAACGUUUCACAGUGGGAUCAGUGGACUUUGGUUUCUUAAGAGACUUACUCAAUUUUAUGAUUGUGUACUACCCGAAUCAAAGCAAGAAAGGACAAGUGUAUUUUUCCAAGCCAUCAAGAUAAAUCCUUAAAAAUUCAGUCUAAACUAGCAACGAGGAAAGAAAGAUAUUAAAAACAAGUGGACCAUGUCCAGGCAGUGUGGGAUUUGCUGUAUGUAAGCUGCUCUGCAGCAUAGCACUGUUAAACCUGCUGUGUGUUUGUGAAAUCUCAGCAUCACUCUUGGAGACAUUUCAGGGCCGAGCUGUUCUGUGUUCAGCUGACUGUGGUUUUGUGUCCUGUUUGAACUUGCUUAAAUGUAAGGAAGCUUCUGUGUGCUAUAAUCUAAUCACAGGUUUGUCAAUGUGGCCUUGGAGAUUAUCUGUGCAUUACUCUGGUUUGCAUUAAGCCUUUGUGUGAACGUAUUGAAAAACAUGUUUUAUUUUAAGGUUCUUAAUUGGGCAGGUUAAUUCUGUACCUGAAACUUGACAAGCAAUUUUUGUAAAGGGAGUUUCAUGUCACCACCUUACACUGUAAAUCCUGGGAAUGUCUGGAAAGGUAGGAUCUGAGAAGAAUUUCCUUGGGUAGUUGUGUGUGUGUGUGUGUGUGUGUGUGUGUGUGUAGGUUAUUUAUCUGAUGAAAGAGAAGGUAAGCUGGUAGAAAAAGUGCAAUCUGGAGACUAACACCAUACAAAAGGGCCUUUAGAAUUGAUACCUCUUCAGGGGAGCACUGAAAAUCUGGUUUUCUUUCAGGCUGAGUAGAGAGGAGGGAUUGAAGUAUCCAUUGAUGAACUCCUGGUGGGGCAGGGGUCCCCCAGGGCACUGGUGUCUGCUCAGAAGCCUGCUUGAGGAGAGAGUGACAGGGUUCAGAUGGCAUUUUGGUUGAACCUUUUCUGCUGUGCAGAAUAAUCUCACUCCUGGGGGAGAGUACAGCUUUUAUAUCUUAAAUGGUGCCUGCAUUGCUGUUGAAAGGCAAGGAAGGGCCUGUACAAAGCCUUGGAAACUGCAAGGAAAACCCCACGGCUCUGCUUUUUGCCUUAGUUUCUUUCUUUUAGUGGGUGGGCAGCAGAGGUGCUCUGUCUGUCCCCGCCCUCACCCUCUACAGCACAGGGAGCUCGAAUGUGAGGGCGGGGUCUACUCACUGCUGUUUCCCAAGGGGUGGCCACCUUGCCGCUCUUUUGCACGUGCCUUGGCGCAUCUUGGGUGUGGGUGCCGAUGAUCCAGGGCCUCACAUGGGCACAGAGCAGGAGGGAUGCAGCAGGGAGGGUGAUGGUGUCCUGUGGACAGUGUUGACUCUCAUUCCCUGCUCCUGCUGUUCCUUGCAGGCUCCUGGCAGAGCCACCUCAGAGGACCUAACCCUGUGUCCCUCUGCCCUUUUCUGUACCUAGCUGCAUGUUUGGUGGCCACCAAAGAUGGACCACCAUCCACCCACUUCUACCACAUGGGUGCUUCUCAAAACCUGUGCCCCAACUGCCCCCUCCCUGGGAAGACUCCUGUGAACUUGCUUCCUGGGGAGGCCUGGGCCUGCCUUGUCCCUACUGCAUUCAGGUGUGACCAGUGCUAUACAUGGGUCAUCUCAUUCAGCCCUCGCUCUUCCUACAGUGUAACAGAGAAGGAAACUGAAGCCCAAGUCCACUCAGUUGGGAAAGGGCAACUCAAACCCAGGUCUGCCUUGCCCCAGAGCUUGAGUGAAGACGACACUAUCCACUCCCCCUUCUCUGGCUGUUACCUUCCUCCUCCCUGGACCUACCACUUACCUCUCUGGAUAAGUUGCCCCAUUUCCUCACUUUGAGCCCACCUGUCACUCCAUGGGAUGGUUCUUGACACAUCACCAGUAAUCCUAUGCUGCUGAAUUUGAGGGAUGUUUCAGGGCCUCAUCUUUCUCAGUUCGGACAUGGCACACCCCUCUUGUCUGUCCUGCCUUCCAGGCUCCUUCUGUGUCUGUCACCUCGGCCUCUGACGGCAGAUAUUGCCUGUCCUCAGGCUCAGUCCUAGAUUUCCAAAGCAGUCGUCAGCACUCACCUUGGUUUCCAGGGAGCACCCCAGCUGGCCCUGGCCUCUGAGCUCCACCUGGACACUGCUUUCUCCACUUGUGGAUCUCCAAGGCCUACUCUAUGUAGAAGUGUCCACAUCCUUGUCUCAGCUUACUGUCGUGUCUCCACCUUCAGCUGGUGAGGUGCCUGCAAAACUCGGUCGCCAGAUGCCAUUGCUGCCACCCUGUCUUCUCUCAGCAGCUGUCCCUUCUGUUUCCACCUCAUACUUCUCCAACUAGAGGCUUCAGGGGGUGGGGUGGGGGGACCGUGGCCAUGAUCCAGGUGAGAAAGGAAGGUGGCCUGAAGAUGGAGGUGUGAAUGACCAGAGUGGGGAGAGAGUGCUGAGGGCUGUUGGGAUGUGGUGACUAGACAUCGGCGGGAGGGGGCAGGGAGGUGUCACCAGGGCACUGGGCUCAGUGUUAGACUGCCUGAUGUUGAGAUAUCAAAUAGGCACUGAAUAUUUGGGCUGCGAGGAGAGAGCUGAGGAUGAUAUGCAUGUAGGUGGAUAAAGUGUGAGGGGAUUUAGUGAAUUCUAGAGUAAGAGAAACAAUGAAGAGAUGGGCAGUGAAGGAAGCAGCCGCAAAGAAAACUGAAGACUGCUUGCAGUAGGGCUGCCAGGGCCUGCCUGUGGCUCAGGAGAUGGGAGAGCAGCUCUCUAGGCACCUGGAUUAAGAGGUUGCCCAGAUUUGGCUGCAAGGUCCAGGCUGGCCUGGAUGGGUGCAGUUUCCCUGAAGCCGUGGGAUAGAAGCCAAACUGCCAAGGUCCUAGUUGGGGGUGGGGAGGAGAUCGGCAGCAGCUACAGCACAACUUUGGACCCAGAGAUUUUUUUUUCUCCUCCUAGAAUAGUUACUUCUAGGCAUGGGAUAUGGCUAGGACAUUAGAUUGGGGCAAGUCCUCAGGGUGGUGUGGUCUAUGGAGAGACCAAGUCCAGUUCUGCUAUUUCAAAUUGCCCUGAGCUGGUAUUCCACAUUUGCAGAGCUUAAGUGGUGUUGUGUGGGUGACUGAGUUCAAAGGUACACGUUAAACAUGAAGUAUUUUCAAAAUCUUUAUAUUUACAUGUGUUUAAGUCAA